AUGGCGGUUCUGUCGUCUUCUGCACUUUCCUCUUGUUAUCGGUGGCUUAGCUCAAGGAUAUGCCGCAGUACAACUUUGAUUAUUCCAUCCGUACAAUUCUCUUCCCUCUCGUGUACAACGAGAUUAUUUAGACCGGUCACAAGAUUACCUUUGCGUUGUCCACGUGCAUUCUAUUACGUGAAGCCAAAAGAGAAGAAAGGUCCUACAUUGAAGGGUUGGUUAUAUUUUGGAGCUGGCGGUGUUGGAGUGAUCUCAGGAGCUGUGAUUUAUCUAGGUAGGAGUUAUUAUAUUGUGGCUUAAAAUUUAAACUUAAAGGCUAAUUUGGAUAUUGUUUCGCCCAGAGGGUCUGUGCUCGCAUGGACGUGCGGAUUUUUCGUUCGCACCUACCCACCACCCUUUAAAUCUAACUCCCAAGAUCAGAUUGUUAAUUCUCCCUUCAAGCUGCUGCACAUUUCCUGGUAAAUUAGUUCCAAGAAUUUGAUGUCAGAUCAAGAUAACUUCCCCCUGAUAAGGUUGAGUAUUCUCAUUACCUGUUUGCUUGAUAUUGUAUGUAUGUUAUAAGGAGAAGUAAUAUAUUAAUCACCUCUGGGACUCAAAGGGUUGAAGACAGCUGGUUUUAGUAAGGAGAGAUGAGAUCUUGUUUGUCCAAGAGGCUGAAGAAUGUGGAGCCCUCUGACUUCACAAAGCUGCUGACUAAAACCAAACUUCUUUGAAUUUCAUUUUACCAAGGCUGCAAACAAAAACUUAAGGGCUCAGAUGCCUACUAUCUUUAGGGGUAUGGUAAAAGGAUGAAACAUUCCAUAGAAGUGUUUCAAGAUCUUACCUGGUCCUACUUCCCCUAUCCAGUUAAAAUUUCAAGGAAAAGGCAAAUGAGGCUUACAAGAGUGACUUUCAACAGACUCCUCCUCCUUGAGUUGACUUGUCUUCAUCUGCCAAUAAUCCCAAAUAUUUUCCCUAGUUCCUUUGACUAUGUUUUGUAAACAUAUAUUCAUCUGGAUGAAGAAAGGUGCUGUGAAUGUAAAGUUUCUUGCCUAAGAACAUAAAACAGUUAUCCUGGGUAGAAUGCAAGUCCAGGUUAAUUUGAUUCAUGGUCUAUAAGAACCAAUGGCCAAAUAUGCUCAACUGUACAGAUAGAGGGGGGGGGCAGGGAGUUGGGUUAGGGUGUGGCUGGUAGUUGCAGAGUUAAAGCCCCUCACUUGGGUUGUUAACCAGGCAUCAGGCAUCAGUGAAUUCUCCAGUCAUUAAACAGAAUGCUAAGGCAAAAUUUUGAUGGUCUAUGCUAUUUCUUCUUCAGGCAUGGAGAAAACUUUUGUGUUGCUUUUCACUAUUCUCUUGCCACAUCCUUUCUUUAUGAUAACCCUGCUCACCUCACUAGUGUUAAUCCUUAGAUCUCAUUAACAAUUCUCCUUACUCUCUGCCAUGCAAUUCUAAUGAUGUUAGUUUGGAGAAUUUGGUAUCGGAUCAACUAAUAAUCCCCUAAUUGAUAUUUUUUCAUCCUCAUUACUUAUGUGCUUGAUAUCGCUUAGGAGUACUUCUGUUUUGAUUACUCAUUUAAGUUAUAAGAUUAACAUCAAAGGAAAGUAAUGAUAAAUUUCAGUGAUAUUUACUUCUAUAUUUCUUAGGGCUACCUGAUCCAGAAAAUGUAAGUAAAGUGAAAAGGUUUACAGUUAAAAUUUCAUUAUCUACACCUAACACUUCUGAAAAUAUUUCUAAACAUUUUUAUGGAGUCAGUAGGAAAUUAUAUUCAUAUGAUUUCAAGUUGUGCAUGACCUUAGUGUCUCUAGAAGAUGAUAUAACAGGAUCUAGAGAGGGAUAUAUUUUUCUUUGUAUUCUGGUUGGCAAAUUGUAGAAGCUUAUGCACUUCUGUUCCAUGCAACAAAUUUGUUUGUGCCAUCCAAGCUAUUGCUACCACAAAGACAAACUCAGUACAAAAGAAGCCAACUUUGCUCAGAUCUCAGAUCAAUCACAACCCAGAAUUUUAGGGGUGCAUUAGACAGUCUGAAAUAUUUCCUAUCUACCAACUGAUGGCAGUAAUUUGUGAACACAAAAUGGAAUGAAGGAGUGAAGAACAGAAGCAUUUAUCAAUCAAAAGAAAUAUGUAUAUAUUGAGAGAAAGAGAAGGAAAUCUGAUACUCAUAGUCAAAAUUUUUUUCACCUCUGGGAUUUCUUAUCAGAAAACCUUGUAAGCUGUUCAAGAACCUUUGAGAACAGAGAGUUUGUUUUCUUAUUUUGGAGAGAAAUAUCCAAUACAGUGUAAUCUGAAACAAAUAUUGCCCUGAGUAGGUCAACAAUGAAACUGAUUCCCCCAUAAAAAUGAAAUUUAGGAUUUGAAAUAUUAAAAUCUGACCCAAAAUUAUUUUCUCUUUUCAGCCUGAAGAUGGAUACAAAAAUGGUUAGUACUGGAAAUGGAAAUUAUGGAUUAUUUAAGUCAGUUUUUCUCAUUUUGAGGGAAGGCUUUCAGCUGUUGGUCAUCUUUCUUACAGAGUUGGUGCCAAUGCAGUUUAUUUAUAGAACAAGAGACAAAAUCUGGGAUUUUUAUGAGGUAAGGAUUUUAACACUUAACUCCCAUGAGUGACCAGAAUUUCUCCUCACAAUAUCAAUACAAUAUCAAGUAUGCAAGUGAUGAGAAAAAAGAAAAAUAUCAGUUAAGGGAUUAAUUAAUUGAUACAAUAUAAAUUCUCUGAACUAACAUCACAAGAAUUGUAUGGCAGAUAGUAAGGAGAAUUACCAAUGAGAUCUUGGGAGUGAAAGGGUUAAACACCCUGUGGCAAAACAAAAUUUGGACACAAAGAAAUUACAUGGAAAUAUGGAAAUCCAUUUCUUAGUAUGUUUCAAUUUGGCCAUUGUUGCUACCCGUAGAAGGUCAGGGGAGGAGAACUCUCACUGCUGGAGAAAGUGAACAACUCAAGCUUUUCAAGGAAUUUUUGACAAAAAUGUAGGUUACAGUUUUGAAAGUGGUUGCUGCGGUAGUUGUCACUUUUACUCCUAAGAUAUGACAUUAAGAAAUACAGGAGCAGUAAAAGUAGCAAGAAAAUAUUGUAUGUUCUCGAAUAAACACCAUGAUAGUUCAUAAUCAAUUUUUCAUCUCUAGUGUGGCACCUUGUCAAGUGUGGUGCUUAUUUUGGGGGUGAUGCUUAUUUUAAAAUUGGAUGCAAUGAAGAAACAUUUUCCCUAACCCAUAACUCUUUCAUAUUGAUAAUCAUAUCUCCAUGCUGUUGUCUUUAACUAUGAUUUAGAUUGAAUCAUAUGGGUAUGAAUUUUAGGUAAUGUCUAUAAAAUAGAGAUGUUGUAAACUAUUAAAAUUACUCAGAAUAAUCCUUUUGACACAUCAUGUUAUUCUUUAAGCCAAAGAUUUGUCUCAGUUCAAAGUUGUUUUUUUUUUGUUUUUUUUUUCCAUUUUCAUGACAGAUGUUUGCUGCACCAUCAAGCAAAAUGUUAUUACCCGAUCCCCUUCAAGAACCUUAUUUUCAGCCCCCAUAUACACUGGUGCUUGAGCUAAAAGAUGUUUUGGUUCACCCAGAGUAUGAUGUAAGUAAGAUGAUGAACUAUUUUGAUCCAAUUGAAAACCUUUUAUGCAAUUUUAGUUAUUGGAUCAGGAUCAUUUCCUUCCUUGAACAUUAUCCACAUAUCAAAUUAUUAUGAGUUUCAUUUGAUUGUGAUCAGAUUCCCUCAGGGGAUAAAGAACCAUUUAGGAUUUGUCACGUGCUCAGCAUGUGAUUUCGUAGCUCCACUGGUAGUAGCACCUAGUUAGUUUCUGGUGGACACUGAUUUAAAUCCUGUCAAAGCCUUUUUUUUCUUUCCAGACUUUUUCUAUGCAAUUUCAGUUAUUGCAGCUCAGCUGGUGGGAUCAUUUCUUUUCAAUAAAAAUAUAAUGCAACCACAAUUGAUCAACACAAUGAUUAUCCUUUCUUUCACAGCGUAAAAGUGGCUGGCGUUUCAGGAAAAGACCAGGAGUGGAUGCUUUUCUCAAUCAGCUUGGGCCACCUCUAUUUGAAGUCGUCAUAUACACACAUGAAGCUGGAUUUGUGAGUUAAUUUGUUUCUAACUAGAUCUUUAUACUUUUUUACUGUGAAAAGUUGAUAUGCUGAUUUUGAUCUUGAAACCAAUCUCCCUUGGCAUGACUUAUGGGUCAACCUCAACUUCCACAUUUAACCCUUUACACCCUAACAUCAGUACAUGCAUAUUCUCCUUACAUUUCUCCUACUAUCCUCUAAGGUGCUGAAAAGGAGAAUUUGUGUGACAAUCGAGAGCUAUAUUAGUGGUGAUCAUUUUCUUUAUUCCCGUGACUUGAAUGUGUGAUUCAGGGGUGAAGUUGUACAGAGAAAUUAGAUGCUGGUCAGUCUUAGGGGUGUAAGGGCUUAGACUGGUUUACAGUGAGGGAAGCGACAAGGUCCCAGCUUAUGUACAUGCAAAUUGGUUUGUGCUGUAUGAUUCACACUUGUUGAAGCUGCUUUUUUUAACUACAAGUAAUAAAUAUGAUGGGAGGUGCCUGGUUUGAUUUCAGAGUGUUCAUUUUGUUCUAUCAUUUGUGGACUUCAACUUUGUUAAAAGUAGAAAUUGAAAUUAUAAGUAAUGACCAUGGACUGCAAGGAAAGACCACAAUCAACCUUUUUAGCGCUAAUUAUUUUGAUAAAUAACUUUAAUUUUUCAUCGUGUAUUGUGCUGAAAAGAGACACAAAAAUGCAUCAGCUAAUAAAGGAAGAAUUGAUGGUAAAUUGUUUAAAUAUGUUUUUUUUUGUAACAAGAGUGCAGCACCUGUAGUGGAUGGAUUAGAUCCAAAUGGACUUAUCAUGUACAGGCUGUAUCGAGAUGCUACACUAUAUACUGAUGGGACACAUGUUAAGGUAAGAAUACCAGUGGAUAGAGAUUAGGGAUAUGUAGCCUCACAGGCAGCUGAAGCACCAGCUGUGAGAUGAUCAUCUUGCAUAACAAGACUCAUGCUGAAAAUAUAAGAGUUUGUAUGGGAAUAUUUAUGACCACUCUUAGGAAUAAAAAGUACAGUCAAAUUCUCAAUGAAAAUACCUGCUGAUUGCAUUGCUUGUUUGUGACCGCUUACUUCGUUGCAACAGGGCCGUUUGAGUGAGUUAUCCAUUUUUAGGUUUACUACUCCUAAGGGAAGGUCCUUCUCUUAUGAGUGGGAAACUUAGAAUUAAUAACUCGCUGAAAUGGCUUCUUUUCAACAUAGUAACGGUUGGACAACAAGCAAAGCACUGUGGAAGUAAGGUGAGGUAUUUUUAUCAAGAAUUUGACUGUAUUUUCUAUCCCUAAGAGUGGUCGUAAAUAUUCCCAUACAAACUCUUAUAUUUUCAGCUUGAUUCUUCCUACCCAAUAUGCUCAUCUCACAGCUUGAGCUUGGGCUACUUGUAGUUGCCAGGGAGUAAGAGGAGGGAGGGGUGGAUAGGGAUUAGAAAUAUGUAGCCUGGGAGUAAGAGGAGGGAGGGGUGGAUGGGGAUCAGGGAUGUGUAGUCAAGGAGUAAGAGGAGGGAGGGGUGGAUGGGGAUUAGGGACAUGUAACCCAGGAGUAAGAGGAGGGAAGAGUGGAUGGGGAUUAGGGAUAUGUAGCCCAGAAGUAUGAGGAGGGAGGGGUGGGUAGGGAUCAGGGAUAUGUAGUAAGAGGAGGGAGGAGUGAAUAGGGAUUAAGGAUAAGUAGCACAGGAGUUAGAGGGGGGAGGGGUGGACAGGGUAUAGGGAUAUGUAGCGUGGGAGUAAGAGGAGGGAGGGGUGGAUAGGGUGUAAGGAUAUAUAGCCCGGGAGUGAGAGGAGGGAGGAGUAGAUCGGGAUCAGGGAUAUGUAACGUGCUGUUUAGAUCUGAACAUGGAAAGGUGUCCCCUUCUCCUUUAAACAAGUUCUCUCUCUGUCAUUGGCAAACCCUCCCAACUUGACUCAAUUUUUGUCGUGUUUUCGGGUCCAGUAUUCGAUUCCCCCGAGGAAGGAGCGUGGACUCAUUUUCCGAACGACGGCUGGUUAUCAGGCCUAUAUCCAUACCCCUUUCAUUUUAUUUUCAGGAUUUGUCUGCUCUAAACCGAGACCUCUCCAAAGUCAUUAUGAUCGACUGUGACGAAAAAGCCCCAAGGGACAACCUGCGAAACGCCAUCAUUCUCAAGAAAUGGGAAGGUGACCCGACCGACAGAAGGUUGUUCGAUCUUAUUCCUUUUCUUCUAAGUGAGUAUCCAUCAUUCAGUUCCAAAAACAGUUAAGUAAAAGAAAAGCUGUAAUCUACAGGAUAAUGCUGGGGAAAAAUGCUUACCUGCAAGGCGUUGACUCUGGAAGUUUGCGAGGGCCGGCGGCCUGGUGUCCAGCGCGGUGGACUCCUGAUCAGGAAGUCUAGAUUCGAGUCCCGGUCGGGUCAGUGAGCUGUGCUCUUGUGCAAAACAUUUCUGUUACUGUUUUUAAAGUGGUAGGAACGUAACACCCUACUCCAUAUAAUUUACUCGGUAUAAAUGGAUACUGGCCCAAUUUUUGAUAAAGCGAACAAAAUGCUGAAGGGUAAUUUGUUAUGGACUGGCGGGGGAGGAAUAACAAUACUUUUUUUCGCUUCCGACAAUGGAAGUUUAGACAAAACUCCCGCAAUGAGGAUGCAGAGUUAACAACACAAUUGUAUGCAAAUUAAUGCGGUGUUUUGGCAUGAAUGAAAUCCUCGAGUAUAGAUAUGGUCUCACCUCUUUUGCGGUCAUCCUCUCACAGCCAUUGCCACUUCAAAUGUUGAAGACAUCCGCACGGUUUUAGACUUCUAUCGGCAAGAAGAUGACAUAAUUGAAGCCUUCAAACGAAACCAGGCUAGGCUUCGAGAAGCAGAGGAGGCUAGACUGCCGCAGCAAGGCACAAGGUCAUCAUGGUCUGGGGUGUUUGGACGAGGCUUUGGCUUGGGCGGGUCAAGCAACAAAAGUGUGAGUUAUUAA